CAACAACAGGUGAUACUAUGGAGGCCCCUCCUGUCACUAUGAUGCCAGUCACUGGCGGUACCAUUAACAUGAUGGAAUAUUUACUCCAAGGGAGUGUUUUGGAUCAAAGUCUGGAGAGCCUGCUUCAUCGGCUCCGUGGCUUGUGUGACAACAUGGAGCCGGAGACCUUCCUGGACCAUGAGAUGGUGUUCCUCCUGAAGGGGCAGCAAGCCAGCCCCUUCGUCCUGCGCACGCGCCGCUCCAUGGACAAACCCGGUACCCCUUGGCACUUGCGGUAUCUUGGGCAGCCGGAAAUGGGAGACAAGAACCGCCACGCCUUGGUGCGCAACUGCGUGGACAUCGCCACUUCUGAGAACUUGACGGAUUUCCUGGUGGAGAUGGGCUUCCGCAUGGACCAUGAGUUUGUGGCCAAGGGCCACGUGUUCCGUAAAGGCAUUAUGAAGAUUGUGGUGUACAAGAUCUUCCGCAUCCUGAUUCCAGGGAACACCGAUAACAUUGAGCCCUUGUCUCUCUCCUACCUUGUGGAGCUCAGUGUUGUAGCGCCGGCAGGACAGGAUGUGGUUUCGGAUGACAUGAGGAGUUUUGCUGAGCAGCUGAAGCCUUUAGUACAGUUGGAGAAAAUUGAUCCUAAAAGGCUGAUGUGAACACACUGGUAUU